AUGCUUAAUCAUGUUCACUUUGUAUAUGCAAAUAAUUUAACAAAUCGAUAUUCAGAAGGCAGGUUGGUGCCUUAUUAUAUAUGCUAUGAUCAAGAUUUAUGUGAAUGGCUUCCGGUUACUAUUUUCAUUAAUGGUUCAACUUGUCGACAUACUUCUGAAUUGAACUUAGGCAUAUUAUCGAUGGAUUUAGAUGAUUAUAAAAGCGACGUUCUGACCUUAUUUCAUAGAUGUUCAACCACGAAGACUAGAUAUACUGAAUGUCCAAAAUCAAAGCCAUAUCGUUGUGCAAAUUCAUCGAAGUGUAUUGCUUUGAAUCGACUCGUUGACGGUUUUUUCGAUUGUUUUCAAGGAGAUGACGAAGAAAUCGCAAAUAGUUGCAACUUACCAGAUAUAGAUUAUCGUUAUCGAUGUUCUUCGGAACAAAAAUGUAUUCCAAUGUCUAGAGUUAAUACCAAUCGACCUAUUUGUAUCGGCGGAGAAGAUGCAAAAUUUAUGCCCGGUACAUCUCGACAAACUUUUCAUUUAUCAUUCACAACACUUUGUAAUGGCUUUGUCGAUUAUUACUCAAUCGGUGAACUUAAUUAUACAGAUGAAAUGGAUUAUGAAGAAUGGGCCUGUAACAAUAUAUAUACGCGAUACGAUGAAAGAUGGAAUUGUCCGAAUGUAGCUGAUGAAGCGAAUUGUUCUGCUAAUCCAUGCCGUCCCGAUGGUCAUCCCUGUAUCUCACCGUUCAAUAACAAUUUCACUUGUUUACCUCUUGCUCGAAUUAAUGAUGGCCAUAUUGAUUGCAUAGGUGGCUACGAUGAGCAAUUUCGUUGUGGACGAAAAUUAGGAAACAAUAUGGAUAAAAAUUAUCGAUGUUUCAAUGACACGAAUUGUAUUCAUAUUUAUCGAAUGUGUGAUUUAGACAUGAAUGACUGUUCUUCGAGCUAUGAUCGCGAUCUAUGGUGUACAUACAACUCAAAUCUAUCAGCUUUAACAAACGAUGACAUACUUCAAAGAGAACGGAAUGCAAAUGAACAAUCGUAUUGGAUUCAUCUAUCUUCGAGCUUUCAAAGAGAAGCUUAUGUCUAUUU